AAAGAGCGAAGUUUUUCUAAAUGACACAUCGUCGCUGGAGGAGGUGUGGUUGAAAAUUUAUAAAGUUUGGUGUUUAUCAGCAAGGCAAUCGAAUUGAAAGUUGUCUAAAACUCAAGCUAAAAGUGUAAUUUAGACUGUUAAAUAGCAAAAUCAACCAAAUCCUCAGUCAACAUGGCAGGCAGGCUACCGGCAUGCGUAAUCGAUGUGGGCACCGGCUACUCCAAACUGGGUUAUGCUGGCAACAAGGAGCCACAGUUUAUAAUACCCUCGGCCAUCGCAAUUAAAGAAUCUGCAGGCGUUGGCGACACUAGUAAGCGACGCGUCACAAAAGGCAUCGAGGAUCUUGACUUUUUCAUUGGCGACGAGGCGUUCGAUGCCACGGGCUACUCCAUUAAAUAUCCUGUGCGUCAUGGCCUGGUGGAGGAUUGGGAUCUUAUGGAGCGCUUCUUGGAGCAAUGCGUGUUUAAGUAUUUGCGUGCCGAGCCAGAAGAUCAUUACUUUCUGUUAACCGAGCCGCCACUUAACACGCCAGAGAAUCGCGAAUAUACUGCGGAAAUAAUGUUUGAAACGUUUAAUGUUCCUGGUCUUUAUAUUGCGGUUCAAGCCGUGCUAGCCCUGGCCGCCAGUUGGGCAUCUCGAUCCGCGGAAGAGCGAACCCUAACCGGCAUUGUGGUAGACAGCGGUGAUGGUGUGACGCACGUUAUUCCCGUGGCGGAAGGCUAUGUGAUUGGUUCAUGCAUCAAGCAUAUACCGAUUGCCGGUCGCAACAUUACGUCGUUCAUUCAGAGUUUAUUGCGUGAACGAGAAGUGGGCAUACCGCCGGAACAGAGCCUCGAGACUGCCAAAGCGAUUAAAGAGAAACACUGCUACAUAUGUCCAGAUAUAGCCAAAGAGUUUGCCAAGUACGAUGCGGAGCCAAACAAGUGGAUACGCAACUAUACGGGCCUGAACACUGUCACAAAACAACCGUUCAACGUGGAUGUGGGCUAUGAGCGUUUCCUCGGACCGGAGAUCUUCUUUCAUCCCGAAUUCUCGAAUCCAGACUUUACCAUACCGCUCUCGGAAAUUGUUGACAAUGUUAUACAGAACUGUCCAAUUGAUGUACGUCGCCCUCUCUAUAACAAUAUUGUACUGAGUGGUGGCUCGACUAUGUUCAAGGACUUCGGUAGACGCCUUCAACGAGACAUCAAGCGGUCGGUGGAUACGCGUUUGCGAAUCAGUGAGAACUUGUCUGAGGGACGCAUUAAGCCAAAACCUAUCGAUGUUUCGGUGAUUACGCAUCAUAUGCAGCGCUAUGCCGUCUGGUUUGGAGGCAGUAUGCUGGCCUCAACGCCCGAGUUUUAUCAGGUGUGUCACACGAAGGCUGCCUAUGAGGAGUAUGGUCCCAGCAUUUGUCGUCAUAAUCCCGUCUUUGGUACAAUGACAUAAUCAUAAUCGUUGUCUCUGCGCAGCUGCCUGUGAAAUGCUGCGUUUAAUUACUUAUUAUUUUCGUUUUGAUUUCGUUYUCUAUUCUAUUCUAUAUGCGAUCACGUAUUCCACGCUAUAGUAUUGCUUAGCCGUUAGUAAUGAUUUUCUAUGUGUUAAGAUCUAAAGUUGUCCUAAAUGUUUGUAUAUCAGCAAUACGCGUAAAUCAUAUUUGGCCAAAUGAUUAUUUUCUGUGUGAUUCUGAUUUUGAAUUUAAGCUAAAAGAUCUUUAAACAACAAUGUCUGCCAGUUAAACUUUUUAUAAGGUGCAUUACUUCUACAAGAUUAUAUGUAUAUGUGUAACUUUUUAUAACCUACACUCACAAACACACAUACACACUCGACAAACAAUACAAAACRUACACACACACACCAAACGGCGCUCCAUUGAAUCCCGCUCUAAACACAAUUAUAUAUGAAAUAGUACUUGUCAUAGUAAUAUUUAUAUAUUGCAAUAACUGCAAACGGUUUAUAUUUAAAAGAGAAAAAGAUGAAAACUAAUAUCUGUUUGUUAUAUUGAUAAGCGUAACUGAAAAGGCAUUCAUUAAAUCAAUAAAACAUUCUUUAAGCUCAA